AUGGAUAUUCUGGAUACCAGUUUCAGGCUGGAAGAUGUGCUUACGAGUUAUUAUAGGGUUGAAAAGGUUGCUCGGAUUAACUACCAACAAUUUGUACCCAGGACAUCGGACGACCAAUGGUGCAUUCAGUCGGAGCUGUUGCUAAGGAAGAGGGAUCCAAAGGUUCUAGUUGCAUUGUUCUCUCGAGAGCUGUGGUGUUUCAGUAUUAAUGAUGAUAAACUACCUGUACCAGGGGCGGAAGGUGCUUCAGAGCCAUCUAAUUCGGAGAAGAAGGGGAACUUUACGCCGGAUUUUUCGAAACCCAACUUGCCAACACCUUAUGCUAUCUUCUUGAAGGCAUUAAGGAGAAUGAUACAUAUUAAUAUGUGUUUAAAUUCAAGAAACAAGCUUAUACCGUUUGGGAAUUCUUGUAUUUUCCAGCAGAAUGACAAGUCAAGCAAGAUGAUACAUUUUGAUUCGCAUCUUUUUGAAAAUGGAGAUCUGACAGUUUCGUUUUGCACUAAGGAUUUGAAUUUUCAGAAACUGACUCCUGAAUCGUUCAAUUCUCCUAGACUCUCUCAGAAGGCGUUAUAUAUUGCGCCUUCAGGGAUUCGUGCUUACCUACCGUCCGGUGAUAUCAACAACUGUUUAGCAGCACCUCCAAAAAACUCCAAUCUGUUACUUGUUACGUUGCUGGUUUCUCAUGGUAUUGACUUGACUCAGGCGGCGGAUGUGAAGUGGGUGAAGUUGCUUCCUAACCUAAAUCACUUAAAUGGAUAUACGCCAACUAUUUCCAGGUAUUCGGAAGAGGCACAAACAUCAAAACCUGUUAUAUGGCCUAUGGAACUUUGCUUUACACAGAGCCCCGCUGAUAGUGUCAACUACUCUAGAAACAAGACCCCAGUUGAUGUUAACCUCCAGGAAUCUUUUGAUAUUAUCGACGACUUCAUUCAACUGAAGCUAACAUCGGCUUAUCGUAUCCCCGGGUCAUCUGUGAAUGCAAAUACAGCCACUGGAAAUAAUCCUAUGAGCACGGGUGGUGGAUUCAUCGAUCAGUUCCAAACGUUCACGAAACAACCUAAUAGUAGCGGUGGUAAUAAUGUUACUUCUUCGUUCAAAAACAAGUUAACUCCAAACAAGUUACAGGACUCCUCAAGAACAGGGCCACCUUUUUCUAAUGAUACAUUUAGCAAUGGAUUUAUGACUACACCAAACGUAAAUGAGAAUAUAGCUUCUAUGAUGGACGACAUGAUAAUUUGUCCAUCAUCAGUGAAGUCUCAAAAUGACCUUUGGAAUGACAGGAAAAGUUCGAACGAUGAAAAUGGAAGUCUGAACACUGAAUCGCAACAACCUGAUCUAGUACAACCUGUACAGAAGGCUGUUGAUGAGGAUAUAGAGAUGAGCUUUGAUAAAGAUUUGUUCGGAGAAGAAGAUGACGAAGGAGAUUUAUUUGGAGAAGAAAGUGGGAAUAGUAACGGGAAAAAGGAGAUCAAGGACAUAACUGAUGAGAUGUUUGAUAUAGCUGAAGUCGAGAGUGAUUCAGAUAAUAAAAUAACCCCUUCAAGAUCCUCAAUGUGUUAUGAAACCAUUCAGCAGACUCCGCUCAAGAGAAAAUACCUUGACAUCCCGUUAGAUCAAAUAACUCUACCAAAUACCCCGCUUUAUAUGGAUCCUGGUGCUCCAUUGCCCAUUGAAACCCCCAAAGAUCGCCGCAAGAGUGUCUUUGCACCAUUGAACUUUAAUCCUAUAAUUGAAUCUAAUGUGGAUAACAAGUAUAAAAAUGGUGGUAAGUUUUCGUUUGAUCCAAACGAAAUUGAAGAGCCAUUAAAGUUUGAAGUUAGCACCACUAACAUUUCCAGUUCCGAAGAAGAUGAUAGCGAAUUGAGUGGUGAUGACUUCGACGAUUUACAACCAAAUAAUAUGCAUGAAAUUAGGUCGAUGGAGCCUAACAUUCCAGUUCUUUCUUAUGAUAUUCCACCUCGUCCUAUGAAUGAGUUUUUACCCUCUGAUACUACAAAAGACGAUUAUUUAAUUCCUAGCUAUCAAAACUCGGAUGUUAUUGACAUUGAUAAACUUCCAUCUAGAGAAAGUCAACUGGAUCAGAUAUGGAAGUCACCAGAAAUAAACAGAGAAGAUAGUCCUAAUAGAUUGGGGAUUUCAUCUAUACUAAAGCCACCAUUAGCUAAUGGUGUAAACAUUGACUCAGAAUCACAAAAUCCAGAAACGGGAAACUAUUUUGAACCUACACCUACUGUUUGUGCAGAUGAAAAAAUAACAACUAGAAUCCCUUAUAAGGAUUUAAAGCAAGAAAAUGCGACUGAUUCUACUAUAAUAUCUGCAGUAGGUGAUUACUCACUAAUAAGUAAAGAUCCUAGGGAAUCUUCUAAUAGUCUACCAUACCUUUUGCGUCAUAUGCCGCUAUUUUCUAUACCUGAUGUUUUCCUGUCAACAACUCCUUCUGUUAAAGUGGACGAUGGACUGGAAGACUUUUUGGAAAUCUUGUGUGAUCAACUCAUAUUUGAUCAGUGCUUGUUAGGCGACUUUGGUGUCAGUAACCCAUUGUACCGCGAUGUGAAACAUUGUCAAGAUGGGGUGGUGAAAGAUACUUUAAAAUCUGUUUUCAACCAAUUCCAGAGACUUCAUGGGAAUGAAAUAAUUGAUGAAAUGUUUUAUCUAAAACAACCUUCAGUUUACGUCAAAAAAAAUGAUGAAGCUAUUAAAUUAAAGAGUGAUGCCGAGCCAUUCACUCCAUUUUUAGCUUUGAAGCCUAGUAGAGGUAUGAAAAAUUUCAGGGCAUUAUUUUUGUCAACUGCUGUUACAAGUGCUCGAAAGUCCUUUCUCUCUGAAUUGGCCCAGAUAUAUUCUGGUCAAGAACUUGGAUUUUGCGAGUUAGUGAAGCUAAAUAACGAUGAACAUAAUGGGCUGAUUACUCUCAAUAACUUCAAUAUAGAUACGUUGUUAUUGCUAUCAGCUCAAAUUGUAUCGUAUUGCUCUACCAAUAUGAUAAAUCUGAAGAAUGUGCCUUUGAUGAUAUUUUUUCCCGUUAUAGGGUCAAGUCUUGAAGAUACAAUAAAUAUGACUUCAAAAUUUCAAUUGAUUAAGAAUGAAGUAAAAUCCCGAUUACCGGAUGUUGAGCUAUUGCUUAAAUUGAUACCUAUAGACUUUGUAAAGGAUCCAUUGGUUUCAAUUACUAGUUAUUAUGAGUUGUGCUGCAGCAUAUACAAUUCUUUACCACCUAAGACAGUCAAAUUCACUUCCAUUGCUGAUAACUUCCCUGAAAAGGUAGAAUUCAGAACAUCUGCUGGAAGUCAAAACCAACUUAUUCAUUACGAUUCAUACAUUCAUUUGGCUUACAUUAGAAGUAUUGACAGGGAAUGGUUGUCUGCCGCAUGGUCAGAUUCAAAAGGAACAGAAAACAUGGUAAAAGCGUGGUAUCUGGGCAAUUCAAAGACUCGUUUUGAGAACGCUUGCAAUGAGAUGUGGAAAAUAACCGUUGGGCUAGCAUCCAGAAAAUACGGUAGAAUAUGUUUAAUCUUAACCAGAAUGGAUAGUGUUUUACCUGAUGAUGAACUAAUGCAUUGGAGACGCCUUUCAGUCACUACCAGAAAUCUCCAUCUUGCAGUCGUCUGCGUAGGUGAUAAUACUAAGGUAUCCCUAUUUGACGAGGACAAAUUCUAUCCUUCUUUCAAGCCUUUAAUGCGCGAUAAGAAGAAUUUCAGAAAACUUCAACCAAACCGUUUGGAUGACUAUGAGAUCGUGAAUAUUGAUGAAGAGCUGCAUGGUAUUAUAUUUAAGAGCCCACUGCAGUUAGCCAAUUCUCAACAUAGAUGUGCAAUUAAAAGUGGUGCCCUCGUGAGAUUCAAACCAUCUCCUAUAGACGAGACUAUGAACAAAUUUGAGGUGAAUUUAUUAAAUUGCCCGCAUUCAGAUAGUACAAAACUUUUGAAAAUCAUUCUACAUCAAUUUAGAGAUCUGGCAAGUUUGAAUUCUUGGUUUUGUAUAUCUAAAGGAAAAGAUAACUAUAUUCCAUGGCAGGUAGUUGCUGUAAAGAAAGUAAUGAAUUUCCUUGUACAUGUCAAAGGAGUGAAGGAUAAGAAAUAA